GUUCACAUAAUAUUCCAAAAGAAGGGCCCGUUAUUUUUGUCGGUGCACCCCACGUAAAUACGUUCGUCGAUGGUUUGAUUCUAAUGAGAUAUAGCCAACGACAAAUGUUCGUAAUGAUUGCUCAAAAGGCUAUUAGAUAUGGUCAUUAUGUCGGAGCUUUGACUCGUGCGACUCAUUCAAUUGUAGUAAAAAGACCAACAGAUUUGGCUGAACCAGGAAAAGGAAAAAUCUUUUUAGAUAAAAAUAAAGCGGAUCCUCUGCGUAUAAAUGGAAUUAAUACAGAAUUUACAAAACAAUUAAAAGUUGGAUAUCAAAUUUCCUUACCAAGAGAGUACGAAUUAUGUGAAAUAACAGAAAUAAUAUCAGAUACAGAACUUGUUAUUAAAAAAGAAUUCAAAGAACCAAAAGCUUUAGAAGUUUUGACACAACCUGGUGGAACAUCUUACACAUGUGUGCCAUAUGUUGACCAAAGUAAUCUUUAUCGAAUCGUGUUCGAGAUUAUGAAUUCUGGAAAAUGUAUUGGAGUAUUUCCAGAAGGAAGAAGCCAUGAUCGACCUGAAUUAAUACCUUUGAAAGCGGGAGUAGCCUUUAUGGCUUUAGGUGCUAUGGCGGCAUAUCCAGGAUUGGACGUCAAGAUUGUGCCUUGUGGGCUGAAUUAUUUCCAAGCACAUCAAUUUCGUUCUCGAGCAGUUAUCGAAUUUGGUCCACCCAUUUCAAUCUCAUCUGAAUUAGUUGAAAAAUAUAAUAAGAAUGGUUUGGACAGAAAAGAGGCAUGCAAUAAAUUAAUGGAAAUCAUUUAUGAAAAAUUGAAAUCACUGGCAGUCACUGCACCAGAUUAUGAGACGUUGUCGGUUAUUCGGGUAGCUCGUUGUUUAUGCAAACCAGAGAAUCGCAGACUUGAAAUUGAUGAGGUGAUCGAUUUAGAUCGAAGAUUGAUUAAUGGUUACAUGAAAUUUAAAGAUAAUUCAAAGAUUCAAGAAAUAUAUAAAAAAGUGAAAAAAUAUGAUCAAUUAUUAAAGCAUUAUGGAUUAAACGAUUAUCAAGUUCAGAAAACUACUAUUGGAAAGUUUAGAGCUUUGGCAUU